CCCCUUUUCUCUCCCGUUAGUUGGAAGCUUGUUCGGACUGUUCGGUUGUCACUCCCACCAGGAUUUUUGGGUCGCGUAUUUGUUGACGCCCCGACCUGUCGCGUUUUGCUAGAUCCCCCACGAUAUCUCCCUUCACUGCGAACAUGGACCCGUCCACAUUCAUUGACCCUUACCUGACACCGCCCGAUCGGCUGGUCCUUGAUAAUCUGCUGAAGGAUGCUGAGACGCCGCCCAAAAAGGGGAGAUCAUCCAAGGAAAAUGGGAGCAGUCCAGAUGACGACGCGACCAUCAGCCAACUGGAGGCCUUCAAUGACCCCCAGCAUGCGGAGUUCGUCCCCAGUGUCCUUUUCACAUGGGAUCUGAAGGAUAUCAAGCUCCCACCGGUGCUGGAUCAAUGGCUUCUGCAACCGUAUAUCAAGGCUGCGCGCUCUAUCGUCCGGACGGAAACAGAUGUAGUGAUGCUCACUCAUCUCUUACUUUACUUCUCCACCUCAGUCCCCAGUGCGAUCUAUCUUUUCUGUAACUUUCACUGGGUCCAUGGCGUCCUCCACUGGAUCAUGCAAUCCUGGUAUGUAGGCAGUUACACUCUGAUGAUGCACCAGCACAUUCACAUGGGUGGAAUCUUGAACAAGCGAUCCUGGUGGCUGUUUGACUUGCUGUUUCCCUACAUCACCGACCCUCUGAUGGGCCACACCUGGAACUCCUACUUCUAUCAUCACGUGAAGCACCACCACGUCGAGGGCAACGGCCCCGAGGAUCUGUCUUCAACGAUCCGGUAUCAGCGCGACAGCCUGGCCGACUUCGCCUGCUAUGUCGGUCGCUUCUACUUUUUCGUCUGGUUCGAGCUGCCGACCUACUUCCUGCGCAAGGGGAAAGUCACCCUCGGCCUCAAGGCGGCAUUCUGGGAACUCGGCAGCUAUCUCUUCAUGUACCUGCUCUGGAACUACGUCAGCUGGAGAGCAACGCUAUUUGUCUUUCUUAUGCCCUUUCUGCAGCUGCGCGUGGGCCUCAUGGUCGGAAACUGGGGCCAACACGCAUUCGUUGAUGAGACGGACCCUAACUCCGAUUUCCGGUCUAGCAUCACCUUGAUCGACGUGCCGAGUAACCGGUUUUGCUACAACGAUGGCUACCACACUUCCCACCAUCUGAACCCCCGCAGACACUGGCGCGACCACCCCGUGGCCUUCCUCCGCCAGAAGGACCGCUACUCGGCCGAGCAUGCGCUGGUCUUCCGCAACAUUGACUAUAUCAUGAUCACUGUCCGACUCAUGCGCAAGGAGUACCACCACCUCGCCAAAUGUCUGGUUCCCAUGGGAGAUCAGAUCGGCAAGUCGGAGGAUGAGCUCGCGGCGAUGUUGCGCACGAAGACGCGCCGUUUCACCGAAGAGGAGAUCAAGCGCAAGUUCGCCUGAUUCGUCAUGGCAGACUGUUCGGCCCGUAUUCCUCACCUGCAUUGGAUCACUGAUAGGGUUCACUCUAUUACUUCGCUUUACCACGAGACCGACAAAAGUUCAUCGGAUGAGAUAUCCUGUAUAUAGAAUUUCGUCGAGACAUGACACCAAUAGAACAAUCCUGCUGCAUGAA